AAAAAACCAAAAAUUUUAGUAAAAGUUCAACUUUUUAAAAUUAUAAGUUAACCAUGGAUAUAGUUAUAACUCCCGAGCCGCAUUUCAUACCGGGGUAUACCGGACAUUGUCCGCAAUUCCGUUUCCGCGAAGGCAAGACUUAUGGCAAGUUAACGCACAAGCUGCUUAUAGAUCCCUGUGCAAAGCAUGCGCCCGAAUUGAUAGUAACGACUCCUACGCAACCAUUGCUGGUCGACUAUCCUACGCAAAAGGAAAUAAAAACUUUAGAAGAUCAUGAAAAAUUUGUUGAUGCCGUCUAUAAGCAUCCUUUGAUUCCUGGUUAUGAUGGGUACGUACCAAAAAUGAAUAGUAAACUUGGUAAGAGGUACAUGGCGGCGGCGACAGCCGGUGUAGCGGAGCACGAAGCCUUACUUGAAUUAUUACGCUGCCAACAAAGGCACUUAAGACACAGAAGUCUGUUAGAAGGUGGUGAAGGUAUAUUUGAUCCGAAACUGAAUGAAAGAAUGAUGCCGAUGACUGCCUAUCGUGGCCCAUUGAUACCUGUAAGACCUCGGGCACAAGGCGUUAAAGCUGAAACUUGUUUUAUUAAAAAGGAGAAAAUUCCUUAUUCUAAAUUUACAGUUCCUCACUUCAUGGAAGUGGAUGACGAAGAGAAAUUUAUAGUUAAUGGUUACAGUGGACAUAUUCCUAUGGCAAUGACACGAUUCGGUCAGAGUAGUAAACAACUGAGCCAUGGGGCUUUAUCAGAAUUUAUCAAUAAUUAUCGUCAUCGCAGGAGUGAUGAAUGGUGCCCGUUACAGUCGGCUGGUGUGGCUUCUUCAUGUCCCAAUACCAGUCAAUUCGUUAUCUAUCAUCCAACCGUUGGCAUGAUACCAAACUAUGCAGGUCAUGUGCCAGGUGAGGCAUUCACCUUUGGCCGCACGUACGGUAAUGCUACAAUAGAUGCCAAACGUUGGAUUGCUUUGCAUAAAGAUUAA